UUUUUUUGUAUUUGUUAUUGCAAAGAAAAACUUUUACCGGAAAAAUUUACUUAAAUAAAGUUUAAAUAUAAAUAGAAAGAUGUCUCAUUUGCAAAGAUCAAUAAUGAAGUCGCGUUUACCACCAUCAGGUGCAAUGCCUGGCCGUGUUUCUAAAUUCGAUCCAUCCUUGAGAAGAGGAUCAAAAAGUAAAGAUUAUAAGCCAAAAAUGUGGGAUGAAUUUUUCGCCGAAAAAGAUGAUAUUGCAGUUGACGAAAAAAAUACAUUCAGAAUUUAUAAAACAAAAACUCCAGAAAAAUCUGGCCCAGUAUUAUUAAUGUUACAUGGGGGUGGAUAUUGCGGAUUGACUUGGUCGUAUCUAAGUCAAGAAAUAACGCAAAUGCUUCAUUGUCAAUGUUUGUGUGUUGAUUUAAGAGGACAUGGUGAUUCUAUUACAGAUAAUGAUGAAGAUUUAUCAGCGGAAACAUUAGCCACAGACGUCGGAAAGUUGGUUUCUGUUCUUUUUCCAGAUCAAUGCCCACCGAUAUAUUUAAUUGGUCAUUCAAUGGGAGGAGCGAUUGCAGUACAUGUAGCCAAUAUGGAACUUAUACCUGGCUUAAUUGGCGUUACAGUAAUUGAUGUUGUAGAAGGUACUGCUUUGGAAGCUUUGGCUAGUAUGCAGAGCUUUUUGAGAUCAAGACCUAAAUAUUUUAAAAGUAUUACAAAUGCAAUUGAAUGGUGUGUCCGAAGUGGGCAAGUUCGAAAUUUAGACAGUGCUAAAAUUUCAAUGCCCGGACAAAUUAUUAAUUGCGUGACCAAAAAGUUAGCAACCAAUGAACUACCUUUACCUGAUGACUAUUUUGAAGACACAAGUAAACCAACGCUUUUCAAAAGUCCUUUGAGUAUAGAUGAAAAUGAAGAAACAGAUUUUUCAAAUGAAGAACCACCUGCUAAAUUUAAGAUUCCAAAUAGCGCUUCAAACACUGAGAUAGAUGAUAACAAAAAAUAUACAUGGCGAAUAGAUUUGUCAAAGUCAGAAAUAUAUUGGAAGGGUUGGUUUGAAGGCCUAAGUGAAAAAUUUUUAAAUAUUCGUGUUACAAAACAAUUGAUAUUAGCAAGUAUAGAUGGUUUGGAUAAAGCUCUAACAGUUGGACAGAUGCAGGGAAAAUUUCAAAUGCAAGUUUUAGCUAAAUGUGGUCAUGCUGUACAAGAAGAUAGACCACAUGAAUUAGCUGAAGUUAUCGGUUCAUAUCUGGUUCGAAAUAAAUAUGCUGAAGCAGCAAAUGAAUUUGUUGGUCCAAUGCCAUCAUGUUAAAAAAAAGAGCAUUAUUCAUUUUACAUGUAAUUUAAAUAAUUUAUUUAACAAAUAAAAAUAAGAGAAAAAAGAACAAAAUGAUUUCACAGUAAAUCAGUAAAACUAUUAAUAUAGUCUGAAUAACUUUUCUAUGCAUAAUUUACUGUUCCCUUUCUUAUUCCUACAACAUUAAAGAAACUAUUUAGUUUUUAAGAAAAAUUUAAAUUUAAAUCACUU